UUCUCUUCGUCGCCAUCUCUUUGUCCAGGAGGGGCGUGGGAGCGAUGCCUGGGUUCCCUUCAAGACCUUCACUUGCUCUUUGUGCCGUCUGCGGAAAUAUAUCGUCGUUCGUCGCCGGAAUCAGCCCUUUUUCGCCCAAUCCCUGAUCUGCAAGACCUCACCAAAGAAGCCGGCAGUGGCCGUUCCUGCGGUAUGAACGAGGGAGUCUUCCCCGUAGCACCAGGCGGGAGUGUGUGCUGCCGCCUGCAACCCACCGUCAAUAUUUUCCCUAAAGCGUCGUUCGUGGCCGGGAGUUUUCCUUCGCCUUCGACAAGUUUGACCCCGUCUCUGAUACCUCCGACCGUGCAUAUGAAUACCAGGGAUUAAGGAUUUAUUUUGUUGUGUUGAUAUUUCUUGUUGACAUUCACUGUUGUUGCUGAUCAAACAACCUCGCGGAGCCUGAAAGGGCAGACUCGGCUGUGAGUUUCUUAUAAAAUAUUCAUGGCCUUGCUGAAAAGGAGUAUGGCCUGGCAAAGUGUCUUUCUUUUCAUAUGUCUUUGCCCUCUAUAACAACAAAUGGUUAAAUAGAACCAUGUUGUGACAAGGGAAUCCCCUUUUAGUGUUUUCUCACAACCACCUCGUUGCCUUGAGGAAAAAGAAAACACGAGACUGUUCUUGUGCGAAGAUCGAGAUUCGGUUCCGGCUGCACAGCAAAUUUGAUUUGUUGACCGAGUGUUCUUGAUGCCAGGUAUAUAAGAACUUGAAACGGCAAGAACGCCCGUUUAGUUGAAACAAGAAAAAGGGUCUGCCGUCGCCGUGAUUCGAACGCAAACCUCGCGAAAGAUCGAAACUGGGAACGACGGGGGUUAUGCCGUUGCGCCACCAGGCCAAUUUAGGAAGUUGACGCGCCUGACUUUCAGCCCGAUACCUCACGUGGGCUACCCAGCCGAUGAAGACGAACCCUCGCCCUGCGAGCCAAAGACGUCGACAACAGCGUCUACGUCGCCCUGAUAGGAGAAUCAAGUUGAUAAACGGGUUCUACGAGGCCUGUACAGCAACUGACGAUAAUUUUCGGGGUAUUCUGGGGCUCGUUACGUGAGUAAGGGGGGUGAAUAGCUUGUAGGCGGUCCGCCAUAUGUUAAGUUCCUUCGAGUCCUGGUGUCACUCCCCGGCCUGGCCUAGUUGGAUAACGCGUGAGAUCCAGCUUACAGUACCGAGGUACCGCGGUUACGUUGUAACGCCCCAAUGGCAGUAUGUGCCUCUAGGUGUCACAGAAAGGGUUGCAGUGUAGAAACCGAUCGCUUCUGGUGCUGAGUUUCAUAAUGACUUGAGCCCAGCUCGUCAUGAACUUUUUGUCAUUCUGGUUAAUAUUAUCUUUAUCUCUUGUUUUUGUAUUCUUUAUGGCAUGGGAUGCAUUAGGAUUGCUGGAAGACUCGAAAACAGAAUGCGAUAUAGUGUACUUCGCCGCGAAGUACCUCGCCAUGUACCUCAAUUUUGGACGUCGCCGUGUUGCAUUCAGAAUCAGCCGUUUGCGUUGAUGCUGGUAAAAUGCUCCCCCUAUAAUUCGAGUCUACUUUUUCCUGGAAUAAUUUCCU